GGGAAGGGUGAGCUGACGCUGCGGCGGCUCCCGCGGCUCCCGGGCUCCGGCCUUUGUGCGGGCGGCGGGCGGCGCGGUCGGGUAGGGGCGGCGGCCCUGGAAGGCGAGGCAGGUGCCCCGCAGGGACGCCCAGCUCAGCCCAGCCCCGCUCGGCCGGCCCUGCCCUGCGGCCGGGCCCGCCCGCCGCGCCGCAUCCAUGUUCGACCAGAGGCAACAGCAGGCAAAAUGACUAGGCCAUCCGGCUGAGUUGAGGUGGUGUGAGGUAGGCCUCGGGGGCUGGGUCCCCAGGGGAAGAGGAGCAUUCGAGCCCAAUAAGACAGAGCCUGUUAGGCUGGGCUGUGGAAGGCCGUUCCAGGCAGAGGGAACAGAAGUGCAGAGGCCCUGAUAUGGGAAUGCAACGGGCAAGAUGGCUGAAGUGGAGGGUGUGAGCCACACCGGGGCCUGGGGUGACAAGCACCACCCCCCACUCCGGCCGGAGCACACCAAGCAGCUCCCCAUCUCUCCGGAAGCGGCUGCAGCUCUUGCCCUCUAGCCGACCCCACCCUGAGCCUGAACCAGGCACCAUGGUGGAGAAGGGGUCAGACAGCUCCUCAGAGAAGGGGGGGGUGCCUGGGACACCCAGCACCCAGAGCCUGGGCGGCCGGAACUUCAUCCGCAAUAGCAAGAAGAUGCAGAGCUGGUACAGUAUGCUGAGCCCCACGUACAAACAGCGAAACGAGGACUUCCGGAAACUGUUCAGCAAACUCCCUGAGGCCGAACGCCUCAUCGUGGAUUACUCCUGUGCCUUGCAGCGCGAGAUCCUCCUCCAGGGCCGCCUCUACCUCUCCGAGAACUGGAUCUGCUUCUACAGCAACAUCUUCCGCUGGGAAACCACAAUUUCCAUCCAGUUGAAGGAAGUGACAUGUCUGAAGAAGGAAAAAACAGCCAAGCUGAUCCCCAAUGCCAUCCAGAUCUGUACUGAGAGCGAGAAGCAUUUCUUCACCUCCUUUGGGGCCCGGGACCGCUGCUUCCUUCUCAUCUUCCGCCUCUGGCAGAAUGCGCUGCUUGAAAAGACGCUGAGCCCCCGGGAGCUCUGGCACUUGGUACAUCAGUGCUACGGCUCAGAGCUGGGUCUCACCAGUGAGGAUGAGGACUAUGUCUGCCCCUUGCAGCUCAACGGUCUGGGGAGCCCCAAGGAAGUGGGAGACGUGAUUGCCCUGAGUGACAUCACCCCCUCGGGGGCAGCCGACAACAGCCAGGAGCCGAGCCCGGUGGGCUCGCGCCGUGGCCGCAUCACCCCCAACCUUUCCCGUGCCAGCAGCGAUGCAGAUCAUGGGGCAGAGGAGGACAAGGAGGAGCAGACGGACAGCCAGCCAGAGGCCUCCUCCAGCCAGACAGUGACCCCGGUGGCUGAACCCCCGAGCACUGAGCCGACCCCCCCUGAGGGGCCCACCUCCCUGGGCCCCUUGGAUCUGCUGCGCAGUGAGGAGCUGUUGACAGACACGAGUAACUCCUCUUCGUCCACGGGGGAGGAAGCUGACCUGGCCGCCCUGCUCCCCGACCUCUCCGGCCGGCUCCUCAUCAACUCUGUCUUCCACGUGGGUGCCGAGCGGCUGCAGCAGAUGCUCUUCUCAGACUCGCCCUUCCUGCAGGGCUUCCUGCAGCAGUGCAAGUUCACAGAUGUGACCUUGAGUCCCUGGAGUGGCGACAAGUGCCACCAGCGCCGAGUGCUGACGUACACCAUUCCCAUCAGCAACCCGCUGGGCCCCAAGAGCGCCUCCGUGGUGGAGACACAGACCCUGUUCCGGCGCGGCCCCCAGGCGGGCGGCUGUGUGGUGGACUCAGAGGUGCUGACCCAGGGCAUCCCCUACCAGGACUACUUCUACACGGCCCACCGCUACUGCAUCCUGGGUCUUGCCCGCAACAAGGCCCGUCUCCGGGUGUCUUCUGAGAUCCGCUACCGGAAACAGCCCUGGAGCCUUGUGAAGUCACUCAUCGAGAAGAACUCCUGGAGCGGCAUUGAAGAUUACUUCCACCACCUCGAGCGGGAACUUGCCAAAGCGGAGAAGCUGUCCCUGGAGGAAGGCGGGAAGGAUGCCCGCGGACUGCUGUCAGGCCUGCGGAGGCGCAAGCGGCCCCUGAGCUGGAGGGGUCACGGCGACGGGCCCCAGCACCCGGACCCGGACCCCUGCACGCGGGCUGGCAUGCACACCUCAGGUUCCCUCAGCUCGCGCUUCUCGGAACCGUCUGCCGACCAGGGCCCCGGGGCAGGCAUCCCCGGCGCCCUGGUUCUCAUCAGCGUGGUGAUCUGUGUGAGCCUCAUGGUCCUCAUCGCCCUCAAUGUCCUCCUCUUUUACCGCCUCUGGUCUUUGGAGAGGGCAGCCCACACCUUCGAGGCCUGGCACAGUCUGGCCCUGGCCAAGGGCAAGUUCCCGCAGACGGCCGCGGAGUGGGCAGAGAUCCUUGCCCUGCAGAAGCAGUUCCACAGCGUGGAGGUGCACAAGUGGAGGCAGAUCCUGCGGGCGUCCGUGGAGCUCCUAGACGAGAUGAAGUUCUCGCUGGAGAAGCUGCAUCAAGGCAUCACGGUCUCAGACCCUCCCUUCGACUCCCAGCCACGGCCCGAUGACAGCUUCUCCUGAGGACCCCCAGCCACGUGGCUGACCCCCCCUAACGGACAGAUGGACACAGAGCCUUGGCGGCCACUGCUGGCACGGUGUGAGCGCCGGGAGCCCCUCCACCCACCCCUCCCAGUGGCCCAGCCAGGGGCCACGCAGAAAUGGGGACCACAGAACCGAGAUGCACUUUAGACCAGCGUGUGCAAGUCCAGCUGCCAUCGCCUGCCCAGCCAGGGAGCUGGCCUGGCCUUUGGCAGGCCCCCCGCUAACUUAUUUUGCCCCCCUGGGCUUGUGGGGGGGCGCCUCUGGGGUGCACGAUUCCCUCAGCUCUGGGUUUAAUGUAUUAUAUUUAUUUGGGGCCAACAGAGAGCCCCAAUAAAGGGUUGGAAAUGGC